AGCAAACUUAAAAGUCUGUGAUAUAGACGAGAGUUUAAUACCGCUAUUCAAGAAAUUUCGCUACAGGAAGGACACAAAUAAUGCUGCAAUAGUAAUGAAGAUAGACAAAAGUAAGUUGCUGGUGGUGUUAGAUGAUGAGUACGAGGAUAUGACCCCAGACGAAUUAAGAGCUGAACUACCUGAACAUCAACCAAGAUAUGUACUCUAUAGUUACUGUUAUCACCAUGACGAUGGAAGAAUAUCAUAUCCACAGGUGUACGUUCACAUACAUCCAGAAGGUUGCCAACCAGAAUUAUCUAUGAUGUACAGUGGGUCUAAUAAUUAUGUUGUACAAGCAAUUGGUGUUACUAAGCAUUUUGAAUUACGGGACUUGGAUGAGUUCACAGAGGAGUGGAUGCAAAAAAAACUGAAAUUUUUUAGAUGAAUACAAGGAAUUUCACUUUCUUAGUAGUCAAUGCAGUUUAUGUUUCUUGAUAUCUAUUUAGCCAGGUCAAACAUUGAUAAUAUAUAGUACACAUUUUUUAUCAUGAAAAACUCUCAAGAAAAAACAUAGUUGUCCUCGUGGAAUUAAGAAAUACCCAUGAACAACUUAAUUGAAGAUAUCAUGGUAUGUGAUAUUGAUAAUAUUGUAUAUUUCAAAAAAGUAGCAUAAAAAUAAAAAAAAUAUGUUUAUGCAAGUGAGAAUGUAAUAUAUAUGUUGUCACUCUUCAUUGUAUGUACUCAUGUGAAUCAGAUUGAAUCUUCGGCAAUAAUGAUGGAAAUAUAAAGCAAUUUCAUCACAGAAUAUCAACCAGUUUUCUGAUCAUCGUGCGCUGUUCAUGGCGUUAAUAUUUUGGCCAAAUCAGUGCCUGAUAAACAUAAUGCUUGAUUUCCAUUGAUGACAUUUGAUCUAUUUCCCUCAUUAAAGUCCAUAUAUAUUGUUCACAAAUUUUUAGAUUUCAAGGAUAAAUCAGGACAGUGACUAUUAAUAUUUUGGAGAGCUGUAGCUUCAGCAUAUAAGUUAGUAGUUUGCUACUGUAUGCUGAAUUUGUGUGUUUCUGCACAUAGAUCAGAAGUGCAAACAAAAUGAAUUGCAGUUUGGGUCACGGUAAGUUGGUAUAAUGUAUGCAAUUUUAAUCACUGAAUGCUGAGCAUAUUUCUUUUCUUUUCGUGAAUUGAUGAAAAAUCUUGGCUUGCCGAGAAGAGGUCACAACAGCAGCCUGGAUCCCAUCUUACAGAGAGUUGUGACUGAUCUGAUCAACCUCAAAUAUAUGGAAAUCCGUCAAUGUCAUAAUUUUUCCUACAGGAAAUUUGUACAAUAUCUUUUGGUAAACAAAAAUUAGCACACUGAAUUCUCAAGACAACAAGGAAUGUAUGAGUGUUCAUCAUCAUCUAGAAAACAGUUUGAACAAACAAGCAUUUUAGAUGUUGCUUGCUUUCCAUAGUUGUGGUUGAUCAAGAUCAAUCACAACUCCUUGUAAGACAAUACCAUGAUACCAUGGCAACAGGACCACCACUAAUGUUGAGCCUUGCCAUUGAUCGCAACUGUAACUAUAGUGUUACAACACUGAAGUUCAUAUAGGUCAGGAAAUUACUGGAAUAUUCAAGAAAUGUCAGGGAAAGUCAAUGAGUUUGUGACUUUCGGAAAAUUGUGAAAACUAAUGUAUAAAAACAGGUUUGUUUUGCACAGUUCCUUGGCACUCAGGUUGUCUUUGUUCCUCCAGCAUACUCUAUUUACUUCUUACUAAAACAGCACACACAAUCAAUGACGCAGUCAGGGAAUUCAGAAAAUGUACAAGUGUAUAAACCCUGUAUUUAUCACUUUUACCUCUAAGAUAUUGGAUGACUACAUUUUUGUUGUAGUAAGAAUAUUCUUUGUCAUGGAAGAAACUUUGAUAUUCAAAUUUGAUUUAUCUUUCGUUAUUUAUUCUUGCAUCCAAUUCUAGUUCAGCAUUAUUUGUGUAAAUUUAUUAGGUUUUUAUAAGCUUAGAUAGUCAGUUUUGCUAUUAUUGAAAUAAUGAUUUAGAGUAGCAAAAACAUUUCUACGUAUAGUCUUAUUUGUGCACAAAGGAGUCACUUUCAAAUUCAGUAUGUCUCUUGAACAUAUUGAUUUUAUUACAUGUUGCUGUAAGAGCAUGUAUGUGUGUGUGUUUAAGUGAUUUAUAAGUGCAAAUGAUAAAAUAUUUUUUCAAUAUUUCCCUCCUAUUAUAGUUUCAUGUAAGGACAAUUUCUCUACAUAUUUGUUUGCCAAGAACGUCACAUUUUCAGACAAUCUUGAUCUAGGAUUACUAUUUUAUCUUGCCCAUACUAUUUUUAAGUCUGUACUGGCUUUGUACACAGUAUAUACAGGAAUUACUUGUACGCUACAUUAAUAACAACACUGUAAAAGGAGCAGAUGAAUUAUGCUGGAAGUCCAAAUUGCCAACCCAGGUAUCACAUCAUCCAAAGAGAAAGAGAAAAAUAUAUAUGGCUUUGUUUUUCACCUAGUUGCUAAUUGUGAUGAGUCAUGGAUCAAUGAAUAAUAAAUCAUUAAGAGCAAUCAUGCAUAUUUUCAGACCUUCCUGUGGUCAUUAAAGGGUAACUCACCAUGAUCAGGACUAAUUUCAUAUUUAUUUAUCGAGAGAAGAGAUGAUAUGCUCUUAUUUGAUAUAAAAUUCUGAUACUUCCUGUUUUAUUCAUUCAGCCAGGAAAUGAAAUAUGAAUAAUUGAUCUAAUUGCACCCCUUUUUCAGAAGUCAAAGAGGCAACAGCAGUCAUGCAUUCAUUUGUCUAAAAUUGUUUGCAAAGUGUGUUAUACUGAUUAAAAUACUCAGAUUUGUAUAUCAAAAGAAGGCACUUCAUCUCCUCUCUCAGAAGAAAAAAAUAUGAAAUUAGACAUGAACAUGGAAGCAAAGCAUGAUCACAGCCAGGUAUAAAGAUUUGCAUUAUUGCAUAUAAUCAUCCAUACUUGACUGCUCAUAAUUUGGAAGUAGGUGUAAAACAAAGGCUAUGCUUUUCAUUCAUAUGUUAUGAAAUUUAUACACUGUGAUUGCUAGAUCAGAGGUUUUUUUUUCAUUUCCAGCAAAGCUCAUCUUCUUUUUCAGUGUUAUCUUUUUACACUGUUUUAAUUUACAGUGUACAAAUAACUCAUUGCUAUUGUUUUAUUCAGAGGUGUGAAAAUUGUUAAAAUCAAAUAACAAAGGGCCAUGGUGAUCAAGUGCUGCAUUUCUAAAUAUUUUACAAUUGUAAUAAUGAGUGAUAUCUUUACUAAUUACAGUUUAACAAUAUUGAUAUUGACAGGAAAUUAUACAGUUUACUUAUCUAUGAUACUGUACUGAUGUUCUCACUUAGCAUUUUGCAUACUAUUAUUUUAAACAUUAAUCAUCCUACAACAGAAAGACACAAUAUUUGGGGGCCUUUGAUAAAUCUGUUCAUAAAUCCAUUCAUGCCAUCAUCUCAAUAUAUUUUGUUUUUGCCAUAGGCAUACAUCAUUAAUUGCAAUAAAUCUGUUCUCUGAAUAUUUCAACUUAAUGGAAUUUUGCUUAAUCUAAAAACCCCAUUAAGUUAAUCCUAUUCCAUUUGAAAUGUGGGCUGGUACUAAUUAACUUCCUACUGUGUAUGCUGUUGUUCACAUCAUCAUAUAGUGAUGUAAUGCUGUGAUUUUAUCUAUUAUUGAGAACUAAAAUUGUAUUUAAAAGGUUUCCUGACACUUGACACGGCUGUCUCUAUUAGGACAUAUUUCUUAGUUCUUUUAAAGUCUUCCACUAUUCUACUUUCAUCUUUCUACUUCAGGUUCUUCAUCACAUUAAUGACUUUCAACUUUUGUAUGCUCCAAACAAGCUAACGUUAUAGAAUUAUUAUGUGAAAUAUCAGAUUGUGUUUGAUAAAAGAGGUCAGUAUGCGUAUGUGUAUUUCAUACUCCUGAUAUGACUAACAGUUGUAUUUGAUUGAGUUAGUAUACUUGUACAUUAUGCACGAAUACCAUUUUUUGAAAUUUUUUUAUGAUUAAAUAUGAUGGAUAAUCAUGUUUUGAAAUGUAUUUUAGAUCGUUUAAUGAUGUAUUAAUAACUUUUAAAUAAAGUUUGGUAUUGCAGGUCUGGGAAGACAUAUUUUUGUUCACAUUUAUAUCAUAUUCUUAUUCAACUAUAUCCCCCGUUUGGCAAUGCUGUUCAAGUUAUGAUCAUAUCAAGAGACUAAGGUCCAAAUUCCCAAAGGUGGUUUUUAAAGCCAUCGGUUGAACCCAUGGUUUAUGCAGAUUUCCUGUAUAAAUUACACUUAUUUUUAGUCAUUAAACCACUGUUUGAAGAGUGGACUCAUGAAUAAAAUAGCGUAGAUAACCACGGCAACAGGCGUCAAUUGGUGCACUGUGACAAAAGCGUGCAUCAGCAUUGGAUAUCUUUUAAUAUUUGUGGUAAAUAAGCGUAAUUUAUACAGGAAAUGUGCAUAAACCAUGGACUCAACCAUGGGUUUUCAAAACCUCCUUUGUGAAUUUGGGCCUAAGGGGCUUCUGGAUAUAUGAAACUUAGUAAAUAGUGGCAUGGUGCAUCCUGUCAAUAUAACAUUAUUUGUGCCAUUGGAGAACAUUGGUAAUAUUGACCAAACUAAUAAGAUAAUUUUUUACCAGAGUUGAAGAUGAGUGCAAUAUUGACUUUGUACAUUCAAAAUUUCUGAUGGGUGUAUAUUCCCAUCAUUGGAGGGGCAUGCCACAUUCUAAUCAAACAAAAAGAUUGGAGGGGCAAGUCACAUUCUAAUCAAACACAAAGAUUGGAGGGGCAAGUCACAUUCUAAUCAAACAAAAAGUUUGGAGGGGCAAGUCACAUUCUGAUCAAACAAAAAGUUUGGAGGGGCAAGUCACAUUCUGAUCAAACAGAAGUUUGGAUGGGCGAGCCAUAGAGCUAUGUGGUAUGCCUGGGGACACUGGGAAUGGGUAGAAUAUUGAAAUAUUUCCUCGCCCAAUCAUUGUAAAUUAUCAUUGAGGAACUGGGGCUAUGAUUUAUAAUUAAUUUAUCAUUAUGGCAAAUAAUGAUUCACCAUAAUAUGUAUACGUUUUCUAUCUGUUCAUAUUUAUGUGAUCUCAAUCCAAUCAAUUUUCUCAGAAUGAACAUUGUGAUAGAAUUAUAAAUCAAUUAUGUAAAAUAAUGUAAGUUGAAAAACUUAAUAUUUUGGCUAAUUAGCUCCAUUGAUAUCAUGAUUACGUUCAAUUUCUUUAAUCCACACAUAGCUUCUAUUUGUUUAAAUUUUCAAGUAAUAUUUUUGGUGAAAUGAUGGUUCUUCAAAAGGAUCCUCAUAUUUGUCAUAAGCAUGUUGGGAAUCUUAUAAAGAAAAGAGACCAAAUGGAAUUCAAGAUAAUACUAUUGGUGUGCUAUUUGAGGCUUACUUUCUUUAUAUUUACAUCCUUGAAAACGAAUGGAAAUUAAUGUGACCAACUUUUUGAGAAAACAAGAUUUGCAAAUGAACUAAAUUGUGUUUUUGAUUUUUUCAGUGUAAUCCUCAUAAUAUUAUGUUGCUCAAGUGUCAUCUAAACAUUUCUAUUUGAUAAUUAGUAAAGUAUUCGUUAAUAAUUGCAAUAAUCACAUACAUAGACGUGGUACAUGAUUCUCCUUGGAUUUUUCACUGAUUAGAUGGCUAAGGCAUUGGAAUUGUGUAUUUAAAUCCUGCUGUAAAAAUUAUUGUAGAUUUAAAUUUGAUAUUUAAUCAUUCAAUUGGGACAUAUUGGUAAACAGCAUUUUGUACACUAAUAAAGAUUUCGAAGAAAUAUA